AUGGAAUAUUACAGCGUCGGUGGCCGUUUUUCUAAUCGUUUCCAGUUGAAUAGUAGGUACAUUACAUUUUACGAUGUCGAUUUCCACGGAAUUUUGCGUAUUAACGAUGUUUUUUUAAUUUUCUGUUCGAAUCUAUACUAGUCGUUAAACCGACAAGAAGCGAGAGACCGGGGUCCUCGAAAAAAAGGAUUAGAUCCGGAGCUAACGCUAGAGAAAGGGAUCGGACUCAGAGGUAUUCAGUUCUCGAAUCGAGAUACCUCAUAUUUGUGUCGUUUCUGGUUUUUUUUUUUUUUUUUUUUAAUAUUUUGUUUCUAGCGUAAACUCGGCAUUUGACGUUCUACGCACCAUGAUACCGAUCGAUCCUCCAGACCGUAAGCUGUCCAAAAUUGAAACGUUACAGUUGGCGACCAAAUACAUUUAUCAUUUGUCACAGAUCCUGAACAGUGGUAAAUUUCUAAACAAUAGCCAUUUACAAUAAUUAUUUCGGGGGAUUCGAAAUUGAGGCACCAAAAUCGUAUAACGGUAUAUUUACACGUUUGUUUAACUUCGCUAAAAUCUUAAUUGAAACCGUCGAACGAUGCGUAACUCGAUUUUUUGGUUAAAUAAUAAAAAGAUCGGUACGGUUUUUCGAAAGUAAAAAGGUUACGAUAAAUGAUAACGACCGACGUAAUUAGAAAUCGUAAUUACGGGACUGCACCGUGGAUGGGGGGGGGGGACAGUUUUCGAAUAUAGAUAAGAGGUUGUGUAACCAGAUUCGGAUUAAAGGGCGGUAGGCUGAAUUCCCGAUGCGCCCGUUAGAAAUUGUUUCCGAUUUUUAAUUCACCCGAUGACGUUAUAAAUUAUAAAAACUGAAAAAAUCCUCACAAUAAUACGUCAGUAAAUCGAUCACCACUCGCCAAAAAGAUUAAAAGAACCUAUAAAUAUGAAUGUUAAGUAGGUACCUAUGUUAUAAUGAGCACAAGUUGGUAAACAACACAAAACACCUACGUUAUCAGUUAUUUUUAUAUUAAUUUAAAAAGUACUCGUUAUAUACUAUCGGCCAUUAUAUGAUAUUAUGAUUUAUUAAAAAUACUAAAUAGUAAUGAGUAAUGGCGUAGACGUUUAUUAAAUAGUUACGGAAUAAUGAUACAUUUGGUUUUAUAUUAGUUUGUCAAUCGAAACCAGCCAUCAAAUAUAUUACUAAUAAAACACAACAUUCACAUUAUUGUUUUAAAUCGUUUAUGUAUUCUUUCUUCUCCUUCGCCUUUGUCGCAACUAUUUGGAGUCAACCACACUCGUUCUAAACUUUCAUUUGACCCGAUCUCUCGCAUAUAUAGACUGUUUUCGCAUCAUUUCAUGAAACCACCUCUUUUUCUGUUUUUCUAACUACCUUUUUCCUCCUAUGUUUAUUUUCAUUGCAGUUUGUAAUGCAUCAUCAGUAAGAACUGAUUUAGAUUUAUUUCUUCCCAUGACAUGCCCAAACCAUCUGGGUCUAUUUUUUUUUAUUUUGUCUAUUAUCGUAGUUAUGUCUCUCAUUCCUUAUCCUUUCUUCUUCUGUCACUAUCUCCAAGCGUACACAUAAGAAUUCUCAAAUCUGCUACAUUAAUUUAGUUAUAUUUGUCUGUCUAUUGCCAACAUUUCGAACCACACAACAUGUAUGUCUGUCCAAUCACAUUUUUGUAGAGCUUAAGUUUUAAGUCUCAUUGGAAUUCUGUUCUCAAAUCAUUUAUAUAUAUAUUUAUGUAUAUAUUUUUAACUUUUGAUCAUUUUUCACAUAAAAUAUAAGAUACAUGGAUUCUUGAUUUUAUUGAAUGUAAAACGCAAAAGGAAUAUACAGAAUGUUCCACGGAGAUAUACCAACUACAAUAUCUCUUGAGAUAAUAUUCUGUUCUUUUUUUUAUAUUACUUGUAGGUAUAAGGACUAAAAAUAUUUAUGUUUUAGUAAAAAGACUUUAAAAAAUUUAAAAUUUCCAAUUUCGUUUAUAUUUUUUUUUGAAAUUUUUAACGCAUCAACUUUUUAUUUUCAUUAAAUUGGUAGUUUUUAAUCAUUUUUUAAAGUUCAGAGAAAAGUACUUAUAAUUAUGCUGUAGGCUGUAAUUGCAUUCACUAAUUAGUUAUUAUUAUCAUAGCUAUUUGACUGUAAACUUAUUUUCUCUGAAAUUUAAAAAUGAUUAUAAAUCAUGAGAUCAAUGAAAAUAAAGUCUAAAUUUUCAGAAGAAUUAUAAAUUGUAAAAAGACUAUUUUCAAAUUUUUCAAAAACAGUAAAAUAAAAAAUUAUAAUUUUUAAGUUUUUUUACCAUUGUAUAAGAAAUUAAUUGUCUUAUAAAUAUUUGUAGUCCUUAUCCCUAUGAAUAAGAACUGGAAAAGGUAAACUCUAAAUUGUUGGGUCAAUUUUGUUCAUACUGUAUAAAAAAAAAAAAUUGAAAAUAGCCAAUAAGUUCAUAUCCCAUAUGGUUUUUUAAAUAAGUAUGAAAAUAAAAUAUUCACUAAACACUGAAUCAUAUAAACUAUAUUUUUCUAAUAAAGAAUUGUAAAAAUAACUUCUAAACAAUACUCCGUUCUAUGCAAGUCUUUCAAUAUAUUAUCAUUUAGAGUUAUAUAUUUUAAACCCCAAUUCUUACAUUGGUUUUAUCUAUUCAUAUUAGAUAAAAACUAAAAUUUAAUAAAAAUAAGUACAUUAUAAUCAUUUGUUAUUUCGUUUUUACUACACCCAGAAAAUAAAAUUUCAAAUUUUCUUCUCCAAUGUGUAAAUAAAAUAUUAAAAAUAAUAGUAAGAAACAACUAAGAUCUAUUAUGAAACUUAACUUGCCAGCGGACGAGAAAAAAACAAAUAACGUUCAGGUUUAUACAAAAUAAAAAUCUAGUUUAUGAACAAGUUCAUAAAAACUUAUGCACAAAAUAUGGUACCCAUUGGUAUAAAUAAUAUAGUUACAUACAAAUAUUUAUUUAGGAGAUAUUGAGCCAGAGAGCCGUACUUACGACGUAUGCAUAUUUUGUUUGACAAAUAAUAAUUAA